AUGGGAUCACUAGCUGAAGGGAAAAUGGGGCUUUCAUUUGCAAAGCUUUUCAGCCGGCUUUUUGCCAAGAAGGAGAUGCGUAUCCUUAUGGUUGGUCUCGACGCUGCUGGUAAGACGACCAUUCUCUACAAGCUCAAGCUUGGCGAGAUUGUGACAACCAUCCCCACCAUUGGUGAGUCUUCAAAACAUAAACAAUUGGAUGAGCUUCGUGAUGCAGUACUGCUUGUGUUUGCUAACAAACAGGAUCUUCCAAACGCAAUGAAUGCUGCUGAGAUAACUGAUAAGCUUGGACUCCACUCUCUCCGUCAGCGUCACUGGCUUGAGUUUUGUGAGACGAAAGCUUCGGAUUCGGAGGGAAGCUUUAUCUUUGUUUCUUGUUAAAAAAAAAUCUUCUACUCUUUAAUUUUUGAGUUUUGGUGAUUAUGGAGUCAUAUCUGUUGCUAGUUAAAAGGAUUUCUUUUGGGAUUAUGAUAUUAACAUACACUUUGCUUUUUAACUAUAGAUUUAAUAGACAGCUAUGGUUUUGUUUUCAAAUCAUUCUCUCCACACCGUUUCAC